AGAAAAGAAAAAAAGAAGCAACAUCAUCCCUCACAAGCUUCCAAACAAAGAGAAUUAAUGGAAAGUGAGAUUUGCAGGUAUUAUUCUGGUUGUCCAUUGAUUUUUUGUCGAGGAUAAAAAGAGCACGUAUAGUACUACGUUGGAAUUAUAGACUUUUUAUCUUCUGGCCUUGGGGGCUAGCUAGUCAAUGGGUAUCUCUAUCUUUAUCUCUCUUGAUUCCAUCUCCAUAAUACCAAAAAAACAUGCCCAAAACUGCUAAAGCAGAUCUCUUCUCCCUUGCAGACUUUAAGAAAAAAGAAAAGAAGAAGAUUAAUACUCCUGUAUUCCAUGGCUUACAUUAAAGAGUCUACUUUCAACAACAUCAACUACUUCUUCUCUCUUCUUUCUAAUACUAAUCCAGAUAAUCAGUUUGCUAGCAAUUGGUUUUGGGGAAUUUCAAUAUGACUAUGGUUAAUCCUUCUCAGAACCUCUCUAAACAGCUUUUUCAUAGUUAUGGUUUUGGUAGUUACCAAAAUUUUGUUCAUAUGAGCCGACUAGAAGAAGAAGAAGGAGGGUAUGAGUGUAAUUAUCAUCAUCAACUCCAAGAAGAAGUUUGUUUAGGAUCUGAUCUUGCACUUGUUAAACCUCCAGAUUGUUCAAUGGCUGAAGAUGAAUCAAGAACAGAAAGUAUUAACGAAGAAGCCCACUCAGCCAGCUCCAAGUAUAAUAAUAAUAAUAACAACGUUCAAGAACCAGAAAAGGAAGAAGAAGGGUGGCUUCAACUAAGUAUUGGUGGUGGCAGUAGCAGCCAUCAUGAGAAGAAACCGCCAGGCGGCAGAUUAGGAUUGGUAGAACUUGAUCUAUUACCACCCGGACCUGCAGGUGGUACUAGCAGUACUAGUAGUUAUGAACAAGGAAAUAAAACCUUAUUAGCCGACGCCGCCCCACAUAUAUUAUUUCCUCAUCAAUAUCAGGUACCUGAAUUUCAAACGGCUCCGCCUCCUCCUCCGCCACCGUAUACAACUAGUACAUCUUUAUUCUUGCAACAACAACAAUAUCCUGGAAUUACUGGAACUAGUUGUGGAAUGUUCCCACAAGAGAUUAACUGGGGGUUUAGGCCUAUGUCUGCUUCUUCUUCUUAUAAUCAGCCUAUAGCAGGAGGCUCACAGUUUAGUGCUCGACCAUUUCCAGUUCUUCGUGCGGGAAUAGGAGUAUCGGGACCCAGUAUUGAUUUCAGGGUCAUUGAUCCUCCUAGGAGACCACAUUCUGGGAUAUGGUUUUCCCUACAAGCAUCCUUAAACCUAGAGAAACAGCCAUGUUUACAUCAGAUAUCCAAGAGCUACCUCAGAAUCAAAGAUGGGAGAAUGACAAUACGAUUAGUCUUGAAAUAUUUGGUGAAUAAGCUCCAACUGGAAAACGAAUCAGAGAUAGAGAUAACAUGUAGAGGGCAACAGCUACAUUCUUUCUUGACGUUGCAGCAUGUAAGAGAUCAUAUAUGGAGUACUACUGGGGACACUCUCACUUUGCUUCCUCCACAAUCCUCAACCACUACAGCUUCUAAUCAUAUCAUGGUAUUACAUUAUGGUAGAAGUGCUGCUUAAAGUAACUACAAUCAUUCCACUUCAUUUUGAUCACUGUAUUAACCUUAACUUAUUACCCACCCUUCUGUUUAUUUCCUUUUCCUCCUUUCACUUUUGCUAGUGCUUAUUUAUCCUUGCCUUUCUUUUUCACCAACCGAUUUGAUUUUCCUACUUUUUUUUCUUUAAGGGGUCGGGCUUCUUCUCUAUUUUGAUGAAGAAAACAUAGUUUGGAAACAGUUUAUCCCGAAACGCUGUUUACAAAGUUUUGGAGCUUACAGAGCUUACUGCUUAACCUGAAUUGUAAUAUUUAACUGAAACAGAAUGCUGAGCUACGUUUUUUUUUUUUUUUUUUUACUUUAUUUACAAAUUCUAAUUGGUCUUUCGUAUAUUUGCCUUGUACGGUCUUCCCACCCAGGAUUUAAUCUUGUUUUAUGUUGUUGAUAGAGUUCCCAGAUCAGAAUUGUCGCAAGUUUAGCGUUUGACCAUAGAUGAAUUUAUAUGCCCUGUGCCCAUCUAUCACCCAUGAGUUCAAAUCAACUCCGUCGGUGAAAGAUGAAAGCAUUUUCUCCUAGACGAAACAGAUCGGAUGCUAAGAUGAACUAUCCACCAUGUUAGUGACUAAACCAUUUAACUGUUUCAUCAAAGAAAAACCUUCACUCGACUAUCAGAGACUUCAAAGCAGAUCCCCUCCCCAGCACAGCAGUCACCUGAGGAGGGGGGGGGGGGGGGGGUUGACUUUUCUGGUACAGCCUCUGCAGAAUUGGGCAAAACGCACACACACACACACAGAUACUUAAAGAGAAAGAAGUUAUAACCAAGUCCAAAUAAUAAGAUCAAGAAAGCUGCAGCUAUUGAGAGCUCGAAUGAACAACAGAUGCUAAGAGCUCCCAGAAAUAUGAAACAGGAAAACGUAUCCAAAAAAAAAAAAAGAAAUACGAGACAAAACACAAGUGCAAGUUCUCCAGCCCAAAUAAGCAGUCAAAUCCAAUACUAGUAUAUAAGCAAAAUUAUACGUGCUAAAAGCAAUAUGAAAACGGUUGCAUCUUCUUGCAAAAUGCGGGUCACGGAUAUCCUAGGAUUUCUUCGUUUUAAAAGGACUAACUAAAGAUGAGGAAGAGCAACAUUGAUGGGAGGCACUCAAGCUUGACUAUAUGAUUGGUAGGAAAGAUUUAGACCCUUUUCUUUUUUUAAACUGGUACUUAAAAGAUUGAGACUUUAGCAUACACAUAUGUUAGCCAAUUGAGAGAAGUUCUACAAAAAAGCCAAUCUAGCAUUCAGCAGUCUAUAUAACACCAAAAAGGAAGAGGUACAGAGAUACAAUCAUAAUCCUGUAACAACCAAACCACUGAAAUGAAACUUGUAAUAUAUUGCUUAGCACUAUUAUGUCUUCUGAUUAUGUAAAUCAGGGCAUGCCAACUGGAACUAAGAAAGCCUGCACAACCAAUCAAUCUCGAACUACAGUAGUUAAUUAGAAUAUGUAAGGCCACCAAAACACUGAUGGUCAUAAGAAGAAAGUCACCUAAGUAAAAGGGAACUCCCAUUAAAGAGACCUAUCAUAAAUCCUUGCAAGUCUUUGUUA